AUGGUAAAUUUUCUGCUGCUGACUUUGGCAUUUGGUCUGGCUCAUGCUCAGAUUGAAGGAAAGUGGGAUACCAUUGUCAUUGCUGCUGACAAUGUGGACAAGAUAGAGGAAGGAGGACCUCUGAGACUCUAUGCUCGUGAACUUACUUGUAGUGAGGAAUGUAAAAAAUUGGAAAUCACAUUUUAUGUCAAUGCGAAUGGCCAAUGUUCAGAGACAAAAAUCACUGGUUAUAGGCAAGAAGAUGGCACGUACAGAACCCAGUAUGAAGGUGAUGGUAGAUUUAAACCUGUGCAUGCAACACCAGACAAUAUAGUCUUUAUCUGUCAGAAUGUGGAUAGAGCUGGCCAGACAACAAACCUGAUUUAUGUUAUUGGAAAAGGUCAACCUUUGACUCCUGAACAAUAUGAAAAACUUGAGGAAUUUGCCAAGAAACAGAACAUUCCAAAAGAAAACAUCCGAAAUGUUCUGGCUACAGGAUCUAUUAUUCAUAGCCUCAAUGACGAACAAGACAUCCGAAAAAUAGGAGGGUUAGCAAUAACUAUACCAUUUACAUCCUCCUGCUUAACAAUCGGAAGCUUAGCCUUAACGGGAAUGCCAUUUCUUACAGGAUUUUACUCUAAAGAUCUAAUCAUCGAAGCAGCCAAUACCUGCUAUACCAACGCCUGA